AUGGGGAUCUCUCGCGAUAGCUGGCAUAAGCGGAGGGCUACUGGGGGUAAGAGAAAGGCACUGAGGAAGAAGAGGAAGUUUGAAAUGGGAAGACCUCCAGCAAACACGAAGCUUGCGCCCAAGAGGAUCCACAAGGUCCGUACAAGAGGAGGCAACAUCAAGUACCGUGCACUGAGGCUGGACUCUGGGAACUUCUCGUGGGGAUCUGAGGCCAUGACUAGAAAGACAAGACUGCUGGAUGUUGUGUACAAUGCCAGCAACAACGAGCUGGUUCGGACCAAGACACUAGUCAAGAACUGCAUCGUCCAAAUAGAUGCCACUCCCUUCAGACAGUGGUAUGAACAACACUACGGUCUGCCAAUUGGUCGUAAGAAGAGCCAGCAGCGAAAGGAGGAUGAAGAGGAUGUACUCAACAGGAAGCGGUCAAGUCACAUUCAAAGGAAACUAGCCAGUCGCAAGUCUCAUGCAAAGGUCGAGCAACACGUUGAGGAGCAGUUCCUGACUGGACGGUUGCUAGCGUGUGUGGCGUCGAGACCAGGUCAGAGUGGCAGGUGUGACGGCUACUUACUGGAGGGCAGAGAGCUGGAGUUCUAUCAGAAGAAGCUCAAAUCAAAGAAGGGAAAAUGAGACGUUUUAGCUAUUGCAUCGUAUAAUAAAAAUGUGAAUAAUUUCCUCUGCAUUCUUUUUCUGCUGCCAGCCACGUCAAUAUUAUUAGCGAAACAAUAUUCAUGAACUUGAUGGUCCAUUGUACUUUGCUACUGUUACUAUUGACAAUGGGAAGACCC